GAUUUGUUCCAUGGCCACCUCUGGAAGACUUUUACAUUUUUCUAAAGCUUUACGCUCAUCUUUGGGUCCUACAAACUGGCACAAUUUGGGUAAGUUUGCCUCUGGUGGAAGUCCUCAUCAAGAAUCUCAAUGGAACUUGUUAAAGGGCUUCGACUCCAAUGUUUCAGGAGUUAUUGAUGGAACAAAGGAUAAUCCUGACCUUCUAGACUGGUCUGUGUGGGACGAUCGCAUUUCACAUAAGAAUAUUUUAACUCACAUGAAAAAAACAUACACAAACACCAUGAAAACAUUAGAUGACGCUCUUUCAUCACAAACUUCUCCAGAAUACUUAAAUGAAGGCUGGGAAACUUAUGAAACCGUUAAAAAAACAUGUGCCGAUGCUACUGAAGCAGCUGAUAAAAUUAUUUCCGAUGGUAUUAAAGCACUUUGGAUUUCACAGCAUAAUCCGCCAACCUGGAAAGUCGAUACUAACGAAUGGUUGGAAAGUGAUCAGUAUUGGCAAGCGUUUGUUGAGAAACAUGCCAUGUACUCUCAGUCCGGGACAACCAAUGAUCCCGAAUCUCCAUCUGAAAUUGAGAGUGUCAAGAGUAAGUGGAAUGUGAACAUGUUCAAGUUUAAUGAAAGAACAGAUACUCCAAUGUUGUAUGAUUAUAUGUACCACAACCCUAGUUGGGAGUACUAUGACAUUAACAGGCGUCAGUUUUUCGAGCAUUUGGAAUAUUUCCUUCUGAGAACUGGGGAGGAUUUCCGUAACUUUCCCGAUGUUCCCAAGUGGAAAUGGCUAACACAUUUAGAGGACUUGAGAUUUAAACAGUUUUCAGUGGAAAUGAGACGUAAAAUGAACAAACAAGUUGAAAAAGCUAGUAGAUUUGAGAAGACAGAUUUAGGUGCAGGAGAACAUGAAAGUGAAGAAGAUGCUAAUAUGCAACUGUUAAUGAAUGAAAAAAAUCAGUUGGAAACAGCCUUAUCAAAUCUUUUAGCGGGGUUUGGAUUCUUAGUUGACCCUUUAGUACCCGUAGAAAAUAUGUUCCAACUUAACUAUGUACUAUCAAAGGACAAUUAUCAAGCUCAUAAAAUGACCAAAGUCUUCUCACUAGGAAAUGAUUUACCUUAUUUAUACGUGCUCCCCUAUUCCACUGGUACACUUAAGGGUGAAAAUGCGUAUGAAAAUUCUCAAGACAUUAAGAAACCAGAUCCUAGUGAUUGUAAUGAACUUGUUACUAAUCCUAUGAGUUGUUUUUAUAAUUUAAUGGACUAUAUGAACCUUAGUGGAUAUAAAGUUAAUCCAUCAUUUUCAACAAGACUCCAGCUCAAGUGUCAAGUUAUGCACGAAAGAGGACCUAACUGGCUUAAGUUACCGGGUGAGCCCAGUUAUGAUUCAUUUUUGAGGCGUUUGAGAUAUGAUGACCCACUGAGGCCAAUGUUUGAAGAAUACGUCAGGGAUCUUAAGUUAAGGUUGAAAGAUGCUAAGGAAAUACCACCAACACAGUGGUAUAAAAACCUUCAAAGGUUAAAGGAAAUGCAAGCGGAGAGGGACACCGUUCUAUCAAAAACACAACCCGUUGAAAGCCAAGAGUUUACUUAUACCCCUGAAGAAUUGACAGAACUUACAGAAGCUGAACAGUUACUUUUCAAGGAUUCAAAUGAAAAUAAGCUAAGUUCCACACCAACCAAACUAUUAUAAACCUUUUAAACUCAUUAGAACAAGUUUUAUUGUUAUAAAUUAUACAAAUUGUGUUCAUAGAUGAGUUACCGCACACUAAAAUUAAUAUUAUUAAUUUAUUA